AGCGGCACGGCUCCCAGGAUGCUCAGUGGGGAGCCUGGGCAGUGGGUAUGGCACAGCACAUACCUAAAGAGACCGAGCGGCCUUCCAAGCCUCAGACGUGGCGAGACAGAGCUGCCACGGAGCCAGAGGCGACCCCCAGCUGGAGGAGGAGAGGCAGGAAGGGGGAGUCAUCCAUCCACAGUGCCCUGGGGCAGGUGAUCUCUGAGAGGCUGUUCUCCCCCCUGGCGUCCCACCUCCCCACCAGGGGAUGCCAGUCAGGGGAGGGAGCAGUCUCCCCUCCAGAGCAGAGUGCCGCAGAGGAGCUCCCGGCCCCUGGCUCCCAGCACCCACAGCUGCUGCAGCUGGCGGUUCAGCUGCUAGAGGAGGCGGAGGAAUCAGAUGGCACUGAGUUCGAGGAGGAUCCACUGCUGGAGGUGCUGCGGGGCCAGCGGGAGGAUCUGCGCAGCCAGCUCCGGGCCGUCGACAUCGCAGUGUCCAGGCUCGUGUCUCAGGGCUUGGCUGAGCCGCCCGGCCGCCCCUGCUGAGGGUCUCUGGGUCUCCCUGCCUCCCGGCCCUGCUCUGUCUGGAAUCGGCCUUGGGGGGCCGUUAACAAUAUCCUGAGCCAGGGCGACUAGCUGUGAGUCCACGUGCCCCCAUCUCAGGGCCGAGUCAGCCCAGAGCCAGAGGUGGGCGAAUCUGCCAGCUCCCCUCGGGCCAGCUAGGCUACCUAGCGCCGCCUGCACCUCAGCCAGGACCUCGUGCCCCUUGGGGGAGGGUCAUUGGCUCAUUGGGGGCACAGGAGGGAGCGGGGCGGAAGCGCUGGCUGUGGGCGGAGCUCCCAGCCCCCGGCCUGGCCCAGCGGGGGGGUGCUCUAGGGCACAGGUGUGCCUGGGGUAGCUGUUCCCUGGCCAGGUGUGGAUGGUUUUUGCUGUUUUUUUUAGGCAAUGUAA